GCACUAUUUGUCAGCUAGACCACUACUUCUUUAGAAAGGGCAGGGAAUGUCAGUGUUUUUAAAGCUGUUUUUGAUAUUUUGCAUAAGUGGCUCCAGCUUUAGUCUUGAUAGAGAUGACUUUUAUCAGGACUCUUCUGCUACUACUCUAGCAACAGUAAGUGAUAGUGGCUCUGCUUCUGGUCUCAGUCUUCCUUUAACAAUUACUAAUAUCAGAGGUCUUUCUGAUGACUCUGCACUUGCAGGAGCUGCAUUUUUACUUUUUAAAAAGAUCACUGGUGGCCUCUUAACUCUAAGCCUACCUAUCUAUAACAUUGGCUUGCAGAGGCGUACUGUUGCUGCAGGUUAUUCAGGCAGUUCAACUCUUAAGAUCUCUGUAGAUGUACUACUGAGGAAUAAAGCUCUGAAUGAUAUUAAAGCUAAAUUCCCUGCUCUGAAUGGUGAUAGUAUUUACCCAACGCAUCUUCUGCUUUUUGAGGUUGAUGACUUACAUACCAAUGUUGGUACUGACUUGGAUGGAACAAUUGCUCAGCUAGUAUUAGCAACCAAUGGCAGAUACACGUUUGGUAUUGUUCUAAUUGUGCAUGUUUUCUCUAGUGCCGGCACAUUCACUGGAUCAUAUAAUGAUGAUUUUUCACAGCUCUUGGUUGAAUAUCCAUUUGCAACUAAUGGUGCCCUUAAUUCUAAUGCAGCCACGGAAUCUAAUGUUGACACUCCUGGAAAAUAUGUCAUUGAUUUCAACGGUAAUAUGCCCUUCCUCCACCUCCUGUUUGCCAAUGCAAAAAAAGGUUGGAGGCUCUUGCAUGUCAUACAAUGAAACAGAUGUCUGGAAACAUUCUGUCAUUUUGCAGUCAAUAUAUGUAGACAGCAGACUUUACUGCUUGCUCAUUUUUUGUCUUGUCAAAUUAGAGUGGUUUUUAAUAACUUUUAAAAUGCUGA